AUGCACGCUAGGACGUCCGGCAAGGCCCAGCAGGCCCGCAUAGAGGCUAUCCAAGCCGAGAUUGACGAGCUUCAGAAGGUCCUCGGCGAGGACGAGGACGCGGCGCAGAUCGUCUCGCGCCACAUCAAGCUCUUGCACCAGUACAACGAAGCUAAAGAUGCCACUCAGAUCCUGAUUGGGAAGCUCGCGUCGUACCGGCAGGCGACCAUUCGACAAGUACACAACGACUACGGGCUUGCAGACGAUGACUAG